GAGGGGAGGGGAGGGGAGGAGAGAGCGAGGAAUCGGGUAUAUAAACCGCUGGGCUGCUUGCAGUUGGUGGUGAUAUGUGUGGCUCGCCUAUGCAUGGGGAAACGAUGCAUUUCCUCUUCACUUCCUUUUCCCUUUCAAUGUAAAAUAUUAGAGAGAGAAAAAGGGCCUUUAAUGGCUCUCAGGGAGAAGGCGUGAUUAACCAGAUCAGAGUGAAGAGCGAGCACCAGGCUUGAAUGACUGCUAGCUGUUAUUAAUACACCAAACAGAAGAAGCCAUUAAACCAUUCUCAUUUUUAUCUGUACUAAACCCACAUUUCUCCUAUUUUCUCUUUCCUUUUUCUCUAUAUUAGAUCCACAUUUCUCAUAUCCAUCGAACCCAUAUUUCUCCUCUGGUUUCACUUCUGAGUUCUCCAUUGAGCCCAUAUUUUUAUGCCUCUCUCAUUUGUCAUUUCUCCUCCAUUAAACACACAUUUCCAAUACUUUUUCUUCAUCUCCCUUUUCUCUAUUAUUCGUAUAUUUCUCCCUUUUUUUUCUUGUAAUUCUUCCUCAUUGAGGCAUUGAACCCAUAUUUCCCCUGUUUUUGCCUUUUCAUUCGUCUCCAUAAAACCCAGAUGUCUCCUCUCUCUCUCUUUUACUGUUAGGCUUAGGGUUCUGAGUUUUUGAAAUGGAGAUGGUGAGCGAAGAGGAAUUGGGCAGAGUCACCUAUGAAAUCUUUACAAAACUUGAAAAGAAAUGGCUCUCAGGCUGGCUCAACAAAGAAGAAAAAAACACAGAAGAGAGAAAAAUUAGGAUUCUUAGCAUUGAUGGAGGUGGUCUCAAGGGCUUGAUAUCAGGCCAAGCCCUAGUUUAUUUCGAGAAAAAGCUCAAGGAAAAAUCCGGAGAUCCAGAUGCUCGGAUUGCAGAUUUUUUCGACGUAAUCGCCGGAACCGGUAUCGGUGGCGUUUUCGCCUCCAUGUUAUUGGCUGACGACGGUAAUGGCCGCCCGCUAUUUGCUGCAGAAGACGCCGUUAAAAUCAUAGCGGAAAAAAUCAGCAAUAUUUUCAGGCCAAGUGGAUUUUUCCGGCGGCGCUGGCCGAGCCGCCGCUUCGAUGGGCUCCUCAGGAACCUCCUCAGCCGAGCCGGUCGACCGAUGACUCUUCGUGACUCGCUCAAGCCGCUCCUUAUCCCUUGCUAUGAUUUGAAUAGUGCGGCUCCCUUUGUUUUCUCCCGAGCCGAUGCAGUCGAGUCGAAAGGAUUUGACUUCGAGUUAUGGCGCGUGUGCCGAGCCACUUGUGCCACACCAAACCGGUUCAAGCCGGUUCAUCUCUCCUCGAUGGAUGGUCGCACGGGCGUGACGGCCAUAGACGGUGGGCUCGUUAUGAACAACCCGUCGGCGGCCGUUGUAACGCACGUGUUACAUAACAAGAGGGAUUUUCCCAAGGUUAACGGGGUGGAGGAUUUAGUUUUGCUCUCGCUUGGGAACGGGGGUUUCCGGACCCCGGGAAAACUUACUGGCUGCCGGAAGUCGUUUUCCGGCGAAUGGGGGAAGGGGGUGGUGGAGAUUGUGUUGGAUGGCGUGUCGGAUACGGUGGACCAGAUACUUGGAAACGCAUUUUUCCGGAACCCUCAGGACUAUGUCAGGAUUCAGUUUUUCAAUGCAGUGAUGUUUGCCCUUGGUCUUGCUCAAAAUGCCCACAAACGUGGACCUCUCUCGGCUGGGGAACGGUUUCUCAGCGUCAAAAGAGGUUGACGCGUCAGUUAACGGCGUUAUCGCUCUGGUCUCGGCAGGGGAGGGAAUGUUGAGGGAGAAAGCGGUGGAGACGUUACCGUUAGGGGGUAAGAGGCUUCUAACGGAGACUAACGGCCAACGCCUCGAUAGCUUCGCUAAACGACUCGUUGAAUCGACCAAAGCCGUUCCUCUGAGCCCCUCCAAAGCUAACGCCGACAAACCCGCCGGCUAAGACCACCUACGACUUUCUCUCUCUAGAUUAUAUGUCCCUCUUUCUCUCUCUCUAACUUAAGCCUAACUGCAGUUUUUGGUACCUAUGGUUGCUUAACCAACCCACGACUGGGAUUGUAGAGUGUCUUGCUCUCACUUAUUGUAAUAAAAUUAGUAGUUUAUUUAAUCAUGGUUUUGUACA